AUGAAUUAAUUGGAUAUAUUUGGUAGUCAAGUUUCAGUUAGAUUCUAAGGCUCAUAAAUCCAUAAAACUAAAUUUGGUGCUUUCCUUACUGCUAUCUUAUGCAGUCUUAUUUUGAUUAGAUUAGGAAUCUUAAUAUCAUCAGUGAUUAAUGGAAGAAACCCAACAGUGCUUUACUAAGAAAGAUAGGUAUAGGACCCUAAAAUGUUUGUUAUAACACCAAAUACUCUCUCUCUUGCUUUGGGAGUUUUAGACAUUAACUAUAACUACUAUAUUGACAAUACCUUAUUCACAAUACAAGGAGUGCAUAAGACUAAAAAAAAUGUAUACAACAGCACAACAGGUAAAUAUGAUUAAGUUUUUAACUCAAAAGUGUUUAGUUUAGUUAAUUGCACAGAUGACCAUGUUCCUGACCCUCAACUAAGAGAGUUUUUUCUCAAGUCUCAAUUAAAUAUGCAUUAAUGCAUUCCAAAAGACUUGGUAGUUGAGAUUGAAGGGUAGUUUAAUUCUGAUUCUUACCAAGAACUAAACUUUUAUUUCUAUAAAUGCUCUGGAUAAGGCUGCAAAGAUGAAAAAGAAAUAGAUGCUCUGGUUGACAACAACAACAUCGAAUUAUUAUUCACAGAUGUCUACUUUGCACCUGAAAACAAAGAUGAUCCUUUUAUAAGAUUCUCAAGAGAUUUGUAUUGGAUUACUAGCUAAAAUCUCCCAAGAGAAGUUAACGUAUAUAUGAGAAAUAAUUACGUAGAGAGCGAUCUUGGAUGGGUUACAUCUGAUAUUUCAACAUAAACGUAUCCUUCAUUCAGCUAUAGUGAUAAUCAAAUAGUUGAUACUUCUAAUGGUUUUUUCUUUCAUUUAGUUGUAAGAUUUGAAAAAGAGAAAGAAAAUUUAUAUAAAAGGACUUAUGACAAUUUAUUUACAAUUAUGUCAUAAAUUGGUGGUUUUUCUCAAAUUUUGCUCACAAUUUUUUCAUUCCUUUGCUUGAGAUACUCAUAAAUUCACUUAGCUAGAUCUUUAAUUAACUAGUCUUUUGACUUUUAAGACAUAACGAAUAAACCUAAUUAAGGUAUUUUAAUUUCGAAUCCUACACAAUAAUAAAAUAAUAUAGAAACAGUUGAAAAUUAAGCACCUUAAAAUAGGAAAAUAUAUCAGUUUUAUAAUCCCUCUCCAAUAAAAGAAAACUCAUACUAAAUAGCAUCUGCUUAGCGAGAUCCAGGUUCACCAAUUUUAAUUUCCGAUCGCAAAGAUUCUAAGGAUUAUUACACCUAGCGAAAUGAUCAUGAAGAUAUUUCUUAACAAAUAAGUAAAAGACAUACUCUAAGUGCAGGAAAAUAAUUGACUGAUGAAUAAAUUUUGAAUGAUUACAAUAAGCAAUAAGAAGUGGCUUAAAAUAGAUCGAGCCUAAACUUCAAUAUUUUUUCUUACAUGCUAUCUUUCGUAACUAGACUUUUUUCAAGUUUUAGAAAUAAAAAAUAGGUGAUUGAUUAUGGAUUCAAAGAGAUUGAUAAUAACUUAGACAUAGAGUAUAUCAUCAAAAAAUUCAUAGAAGUCGACAAAUUAAAAAGAAUCAUGCUUAAUGAUGACUAGCUUGCUUUGUUCAACUACAUUCCCAAACCAUAAAUUCUUUAUAAAGUGGAUACAACUUAGGGAGCUGUUAUUGAAAAGAAUUCAUUUUUUAAUAAAGAUGAUAACUUAAACGAUUUCGAAAAAUUCAAAAAGGCUAAUUACAUUAUGAUAUUAGCCUAUACAAUUUUAAAAUUUCUAAACAUUUUAAGUUGA